CUUCUUGCAAAUUAAGAGAGUUGUACCUCAACUAGAACUAACCAACACAGCAGUCUUGUUCGACUUUCAGUAUCAACAUCUACUUCUUGUGGGGUAGACUCACUACUUCUGUCGUCUUCAUAGUAGUUUCGGGCUCGGCAUCUUUAUCGAGCAUGGACCCAGCAGGACAGCCUGUCGGCAUGAUGCCGAUGCAGCCCGGCCCAGUCAUCAUGGCUCCUGGACAAGGUGAGUAAGUUUAUUAAAUCUUCGUUGGUCUUCUUGGUUCAACGCUAUCUGUUCUUGAGAUUUUUCCUCCACCCCGUAAAUACAGACCUCCUAUUUUUCAGUCGACGAGACAAACAGAAGUAGUAGUAUUUUUGAAAUAUACUAACUAUAACAGGUGGUCCAAUGGUCGGGCAACCUGUAAUGGGUGCACCUAUAGGAGGACAGGCACCUAUGAUGAUGGGUGGAGCAGGUGCUCCUAUGGGAGAGGCAAAAGUUGAAUGUUAAGGCUAGACACUCUCACUCACUACUUGCUGUAUGUAUCUAAUUAGAAAUACAGUGCAUACCCGUCUAAGGACUGGGUAUAUCAUCAUCGUCAUCAUCUGGGGUGUUAGGAUAAUAAAUCCUCAGUGACAUCAGGUUGAUUCUUUGAUUUCUUAUAAAGGGGAAAGUACAAGACCAAGAGAGCAAAAGUGUUGUACUCAACCACGGACUAUCGUGAAUGUCUACGUUAAGAAUGGCAGAAGCCCAGAGUCUGUGCUGAAUGCGACUAUGACUGUUGUCUAGCACUAUGCUGUCCCUGCAUAAGCGCGAAACAAAUCAUGUUAUGGAAGACUCUGGGUCGUUUACUUGUGCGUUGUGGUUGAUAUUCAAUCACAUGUCAACAUGUACACCAUUAACUACUACUAAGUAGAAAGAAAAUCACUCGAACUUGAUCAUCGUCAAUCUAUCAACAUGUACACCAUUAACUACUACUAAGUGGAAAAUCACUCGAACUUGAUCAUCGUCAAUCUCUUCAAACCUCAUCGCCAUCGUCAUUGAGGCAUUAAGACAAAGAUGCUCAGCUUCAGAAGAGUAGCAGCAGUCUAAUAACCGGAAAAAUAGCGAUGCCUGUAGGAGCUUGGUUCAAUCUGAUUGCGGCUAUCGUUAUCUUCCGAUCGGUGACAGAUGCCGUUGGCAGAGUCGUAUUUCGAUUUUGUAAGUACUAGAAAAUAUUGAAACACCUACUUGAUGUAAUUCAUGAUGUUGAUCAUCAACUGUUGAUAAACAACAUAAGUAUUAACACUUCCCAACCCCCGCGCAGUUCGAGAACAACGAAGAUUUGUGGUGGGUAAACACGAUUAUGCGAGCUUUGAAUUUUUUUGCCGGUAUCGCGUUUGGCGUCUGCAUGAUGAGCUGGAAGAACAAACUCGGUCAGCACAUGAACGUCAGCAGAGACGGCGUAAACCCAUGUGAAGAAUUCUGCUGCAUGUGGUGCUGCUCCUGCUACGCAAUAACGGCUGUGGGGAGGACGGCGGAUGACUAUUAUGGCACAUGAUCAUGUUCAGCAUUGAAUUGGGGAAGCUCGGUACUGAGUGCCAGUAGAUAAGUCCCACAUGCACAUAAAGAGUAGAUAAGUCCCACAUGAUAAAGACUUAGAAGAUAGCAUGACAAGCUCACAAGGAAGAUCAGUACGGAGUGCCAGUAGAUAAGUUCCACAUGCGCAUAAAGAGUAGAUAAGUCCCACAUAUAGACUUAGAAGAUAGUCAGUAAGUGGCAGUCGACAGGAGUACGAUCGAUCAGUACUCGUGAAAAGUCGAUCUUUAUUUAAGAUCAGUACCUAUCUUAGUCAUACAUUAAGAAUAAGUGGCAGUGAGUGUGAGUCAGGUUAUUUAGAGUCUUUUUUUAUGAACUACUGAGUGGAGGAGGACUCUGACUCAGUACCAGCAGAUAAAGAUAAGUCCCACAUAAAAAAGACUUCUACUUCUCCUUGUACUAACUCCGUACCAGUAGAUAUGUCCCACGUAAAAAAGACUUCUACUUCUAUUUGCACUACACCCUCUUCUUGCACGUUAGUACUUUCCCUCCACCUCUCUUAGAAGAAAAAUUGAAUUCUAAGACCCCGCACGCUUCGCUCGUCCAGCAGGAGGCAUGAUGAUGGCGCCCGCUGGAGGCAUGCAACCUGUAAUGAUGUUAAGGUUACAAGAAAUCCAUCCCCCCAGCAUCGACCUUGGUCCCGUUUGUAAAUGGAAAAUAGAGGGGACCCAAGAAAGACGCUGCCUGAUUAUACAAGGCGGAUUUCUCUUAGUUCUAAUGAUGAUGCCUGCGGGUGGCAUGCAGCCUGUAGGAAUGCAGCCUGUAGGAAUGCAGCCCGUACAACAUCCGGUGAUGAUGCAACCUGUGACUACACCAGGAUACGAGGGUCAGAAUACCACUUAUUCGCAGGUGAACUAGACAGCGAAAGUAGGAGUGCGUGUGCGGGAGCACUAGUGGUAGUGGUGUACGAGUACUAGAAGAAGAAGAUGAUGAUCUUCGAACACAAAAAUGGCACUAUUCAUCCUGUUUAUGUUCCUGUUCAGGCGUGAAUAAAAACACUAGUAGGUACAAUCUAGAAAAACAAGCUUUAGCAGUACCUACAAGUAGAACAAGACGAAGCAUCAGUCUCUACAAAUCGUCUAGGCGAUGUAUAAUAGCACUACCACACCCUUAGAUGAGAUCUACUUGCACAGCUAGAAACAUGCAACGUUUUGCUGUGCUUCAUCGCGUUAUGAUCCUGAACAACAAGGAUUCGUAGUUUAGACACCAAGAACAUUUACUAAAUGACAUUUAUGCAGCUAAUGCUCCACUCAAGAACUGAUACCCCUCACAACUAGUACAGCGACCAUCCUUAUGCUGUAAAUGUAACCCUAGUACUAGUAGAAGAUUCAAAACAAGCAAUGACUUUACACUCGGUGGAAGACGCAGCUUAUGCAGCGGUCGUUUUAUCGUAAAAUGCUUAUCUUUGUUCCAGAACCCCAAGAAGAACGGGAAAGCGCCGUGACCGAAUGUUUUUUUUGCCGCCAUCGAUCAUAGAGGCUUGUUUUUUCAGUGGCCGGUGUCUAAAAAUGUUGAAUAUCAUGAUGUUGCAUUUCAAUUUCGUUUGCGUUCUUUUGCGG